CGCCUUUUGGAAAUUGCUCAGUUGGGAAUUCUGACAUAGAGCCUCUAGUUGUUUUGCACAACAUGUUACUGUCUCAUGCCAAGGCUGUUAAGCUAUACAGGGAACGCUUUCAGCCAAAACAGGGCGGUGCAAUAGGAAUAAUCACAAGCUCACAUAUGUAUGAGCCAUUAACAGAUGAUGAACUGAAUCAACAAGCUGCAAAUAGGGCCCUGGAUUUUUACAACAGGAUGAUCAGUGAUAAUCUGAUUGCUGAACCAAAGCAGAUCGAUUACCCUUCUGAACUGCGCCAAUAUCAUGGGAGUGAGUUGCCAAGGUUCUCUGCAGAAGAAGUUGAAUAUGUAGAAGGCAGUGUUGAGUUCAUUGGUAUAAAUCAUUAUUCAACAUUACAUGCUAAAGACUGCAUCUAUUCGGCCUGCACCUCAGGUGGAGAUCAUGCUAUCAAAGGCCUUGAACAGACAACUGGAGAAAGAGAUAGCAUCCCAAUUGGAGAACCGACUGGCAUAGAGAGGUUUUUUGUUGUUCCUAGAGGAAUGGAGAAGAUUGUUACUUAUGUUAAGCAGAGAUACAAUAACAUCCCUAUGUAUGUGACAGAGAAUGGAUAUUCUCCAUGGUUAGAGCAGAGAGAGGGAAAGAAUGAUCUGCUUCAAGACGUCAAACGAAUUGAGUUCCACAAAAGCUACCUUGCAGCAUUGGCAGGAGCAAUAAGGAAGGGUGCUAAUGUGCGUGGAUACUUCAUAUGGAGCUUGAUGGAUAACUUGAAGUGGACUGAAGGUUAUGGCUUAACUUUUGGACUUUACCAUGUCGAUCGUCAGACAGUAAGGAGAACUCCAAAUCUUUCUGCUAAAUGGUAUAAAGAUUUCGUCACUAACAGUAGCGACCACAAUUACAUACAGGAAUUUAAUAGAGAACUUAGAAUGAAUCCGGGGUUCCUUGUCUCAAUCGCAAAAUCCAAAUCUAACUCAUUCUCUUAUCACAUGAAGCACACGACCUGCACCUCUCAACUUCUCCUCAAGACUAUAGAGAGAGCGAAGGAGAAUCAGGAGAUGCUAGAGAUGGUGACCCUGGUGGGGGAAUUGACAAUGGCAGUGAUGGGUUUGUGGGCAGUAGGUUUGCGGCCAUUGAUAAUGAGGUUUGCCGGAGAGAUGGUUGAGGUGAUGGGUGAGGCCAUUCACCGGAUUCUCAGUGGCAGGCCUUCCUUUUCUCUCUCUACAUACCUACCUUACUCAGGUUCGUUUCUUGACUGGCCUUAGUGAACUACUGUAUGUAAGGUUUGUUUGUUUGUUUGUUUGUUUGUUUUUUUUUUUUUUGAGCUCAAGGAGAGACUACUGGCAUACCUACUGCAUCAAGCUAAAGUCUCUGGGGGGGCGAUUUACUCUUGUAUUUGGUGCUCUAUUGCCAAUAAGAGUAGGAGAGAAAGGAUUGAGUAGAAGGUGGAAGCUGGAGGGAAGAAAGGAACAGGAGGGCCCUGUGCUGUAUAUUUUCAUUUUUGUUCAAGAAAUCAGAUGGCGUUAA